AUGGAAGUGCGUUUUGGCUAUAUACGAGUAGAUAUUGGAGUUGAUCCAUUCACCAAGAAACCUCUCUGCUGGGAGUCUCCUGAUUUAGCAAACCACGCAUUGGUGUUUAUGAUGGUGGAUUUGAAAGGGCAAUUCGAGGCCACCCCAGCUUAUUUCCUUAUUACCAAAUUGAAUGGAGUUGAACACGCUAACCUUGUUCAUUCUAUAACCUAUGACGGUGAUCGAGUGAAUGAAUCCAUGGUGCAUUCACUGGGAGCACGUACGAAAAUUGAAUAUUCCGGUGCAAAACUUUUCCCAGCAACUGGUCACAGUGUGUGGUUAUUUCCAGAUUCCUGCCACAUGUUGAAAAAUGCUCGCAAUGCACUUGUGGAAAUGAAAAUGUUUACUGCCAGCACGAACCAAACCGUUGACUGGGGACACAUUUUAGGUCUAUGCAAAAUACAGGAAGACCAAGGUCUUCACUAUGCAAACACAUUGACAGCACGACACAUUCAUACUUCUGAAAAUAAGAUGAAUGUUAGAUUGGCAGGCCAGGUUCUGAGCAACUCU